AUGUCACAGCAUUUUAUGACCGUAUGUGUAGUGUGUGUAUUAUGUGCAUCACACAUACCCUGUUCAGCACAUACAACAAUAUCAUCAGUAUUAAAAGCAUCAUUAGUGACUGAAAAAAAAGAUUUUGUUUCUAAUACUCUUUUCACGGAACAAUUGAAUACACUUGAUAAGAUUAAUUAUAAUUAUAAUGAUAAAGUUAAUAUUAACUAUGAAAACAAAAAAAAAAACAGAAAGAAAAAAACUCAUAAUGACAAAUUAAAACAAUAUGAUGACAAUGAUUAUCAAGUACAUCACGAUAAUAAUUAUAAUUUGCUAGAAAAUAAAGAAAUUAUGGAAAGACUUGGUCAAACACCAUCGCAAACAAAUGAAAAUUUAUUUGUAAGCAAGAAUAAUGUCAAUAGCUAUAAAAAGGGAAAUCAAAGAGAUAAGAGGCACGUUGAAACUGAAGAAAAAUAUUACUUGAAAAAAAUAUUUGACACUUAUGGUGAUGGCAAUAGUUUAACUAUGGAUGGUUUUGAAGUUAUGUUAAAACAACUAGGACUUUUUAAAUUAAUUGUAAAACAUGGACUCAAUGACAAUAACAAUUCAGUUUAUAACGAAACAUCUGCUGAUUCUCCUAAAAGUCAAUCUAAUUCGUCAAUACCUAAAAACAGUAACAAUAAUAGUGAAAAUUAUAUGAAUAGUAAGGAUGAGUGUGCCAACAAAAAUCAAGUUUUGGCAAGUAUUUCAUCUGAUAUCGAUUUAUCAACUUCAACGAAAAAUGAUACAAUAUUACCUGGAUGGUUAUUUGAACGAUUAUGUCCUGUUUUACUAUAUCAUUUAGCUAGCAAUUCGAGAUCAGAAAAAGAAGGUUGCAUUUCAUUACCUAAUAACUAUCACGAAAUGCAUAGUCAUGAAUAUUUUGAAGAAGAAUCACGGGAUAUGGUCCAAGUGUGGGUUUAUGCAACGAUAAGUAUUGUAGUAAUCAGUUUAUGUGGAUUACUUGGAGUUGCCGUUAUUCCCGUAAUGGGUAAAAGUUAUUAUCAUCAAUUAAUACAAUUUCUUGUUGCCCUUGCUAUUGGUACUUUGUGUGGAGAUGCACUUAUACAUUUAUUACCUCAUGCAAUGAUGGCACCUCAUAGUCAUGAUGAAGGUAAUACAGUACAUGUUGAAAUCAAUAGCGAAGAAUCACAUAAUUCAAAUAUGUGGAAAGGUUUAGUUGCCAUGAUGGGAUUGAUAAUGUUCUUUUUUAUGGAAAAGGCUUUGUCAAUGAUUUCCGAAUGGCGAAAAUAUCGUCAAAGAAAAAAUAAGUUACCAACACGAGUACGUGUCAUGAGAGAACCAGAAGGCGUAAAAACUAGUCCAGUUGGUGAGAAAUUAUGUAAACAUAAAUAUUCGUCAUAUCCAUAUUGUUAUGGUGAAAUAACUACUGAAACUCGUGAUAAUCAUCAUGAACAUCAUGAACACUAUGACAAAGAGCGGUUACCGUCAAUUGAAGAAGCUAAGCCAUUAACAUCUGAUCCUACCAAUCAAUUACCUAAAAUAAUAACAGAUGACUUAGAUAAAAACAAUCACGAUAACUGGGCUAUUGAUGAUCAUAAAGUUAAUAAUACCCACAAAAAUAUUGAUAAAGAAAAUUUAGAUAACCCACAAGUCGAUGAACGUGAAAGUUAUACUGUUAUUAUUCGUGAACAUGAAAAUAAACAUCACGGGCAUACACAUUCUCAUGGACACGUUCAUGCAGCGCCUGAUUCAAUGUCGAGUGUAGCAUGGAUGGUAAUAAUGGGUGAUGGUUUACAUAAUUUUACCGAUGGUAUGGCAAUAGGAGCGGCAUUUUCGGCAAAUAUUGCUGGUGGUUUUUCUACCGCAAUAGCUGUUUUUUGUCAUGAAUUACCUCAUGAAUUGGGUGAUUUCGCAGUACUUUUAAAAGCAGGAAUGAGUGCUAAGCAAGCAGUAUUUUAUAAUUUAUUAUCAUCAGUGCUAUGUUUAUUUGGCAUGAUUUUUGGAGUAUUGUUGGGUGCUAUGCCAUCAACUACCAAUUGGAUUUUUGCAGCUGCCGCUGGAAUGUUCAUUUAUAUUGCACUUGUUGACAUGAUACCAGAAUUAUCUUCUGGACAUUCAGAAGAAGGCGGUUCACAUUGGCAGUGUUUAUUGCAAGCACUUGGUCUAAUUACUGGUUUGGGAAUUAUGUUAAUAAUUGCUCUUUACGAAAAUGACCUUAGAAAUAUUUUUAGUGAUUAG